AUGCCGUCCGAUAAACAAACUGUGGUGGACGACUCGAUGUCCACCUUUUUCUCGGAAACGGAAUCUGGUAAACAUGUCCCUCGAGCUAUGUUGGUGGAUUUGGAGCCAACCGUUAUCGAUGAAAUCAAAACCGGCAAAUAUAGGAUGCUUUUUCAUCCGGAACAGAUGGUAAGCGGCAAAGAAGACGCCGCAAACAAUUAUGCUCGUGGGCACUAUACGAUCGGAAAAGAGUUCAUUGAUUUGGUGCUGGAGCGAUUUCUAAUUUUCCAUUCGUUCGGUGGUGGCACUGGCUCGGGUUUUACAUCUCUGCUGGUGGAACGACUCUCGAUUGAUUAUGGCAAAAAAAGCAAACUGGAAUUCUCAGUAUAUCCGGCGCCACAGGUCUCCACUUCCGUGGUUGAGCCGUACAAUUCGGUCCUAACGACACAUUCAACGCUUGAGCACUCCGACUGCUCAUUCAUGGUCGACAACGAAGCAAUCUACGACAUUUGUCGCCGUAAUCUGAACGUCGAACGGCCAUCGUAUACCAAUCUUAAUCGGCUGAUUUCCCAGGUUGUGUCAUCAAUAACCGCUUCGCUUCGAUUUGACGGUGCUCUGAACGUGGAUUUGAUUGAAUUCCAAACAAAUUUGGUGCCCUUUCCACGUGUACACUUUCCUUUGGCAACAUACGCACCGCUCAUUUCGGCUGACAAAGCCUACCACGAAUCGUUAUCGGUUGCAGACAUUACGAACGCGUGUUUCGAGCCAACAAAUCAGAUGGUCAAGUGUGAUCCUCGACAUGGCAAGUAUAUGGCAGUUUGUCUGCUUUAUCGUGGUGAUGUAGUGCCAAAGGAUGUCAAUGCUGUUAUUGCUACAAUCAAAACGAAGCGCAUAAUCCAGUUUGUGGACUGGUGUCCAACCGGUUUCAAGGUACGUAUUUUUUCAGCGGAGGAACAGAAACUAACCAGCAUUGCCCUAGUAACGGCAGGUGGUCGAGAAAAAGCCCAGCGCUAA